AUGGUUGAUGAUGAGCUGACCGCCUUGGUAGUAGACAAUGGGUCAGGGAUGUGCAAGGCAGGUUUUGGAGGUGACGAUGCCCCCAGAGCAGUGUUCCCCUCCAUGGUAGGGCGUCCUCGGCACCAGGGCGUCAUGGUGGGCAUGGGCCAGAAGGACUGCUAUGUGGGAGAUGAGGCCCAGAGUAAGAGAGGCAUUCUGACCCUGAAGUAUCCCAUCGAACACGGCGUUGUCACCAACUGGGAUGAUAUGGAGAAGAUCUGGUAUCACACCUUCUACAACGAGCUCCGCGUGGCACCCGAUGAGCACCCCAUCCUCCUCACCGAGGCGCCCCUCAACCCCAAGAUCAACCGGGAAAAGAUGACUCAGAUCAUGUUCGAGGCCUUCAACACACCUGCCAUGUACGUGGCUAUCCAAGCCGUGCUGUCCCUCUAUGCCUCGGGACGGACCACAGGUAUUGUGAUGGAUUCUGGAGAUGGGGUUACUCACACGGUGCCCAUCUACGAGGGCUACGCCCUGCCCCAUGCUAUUCUACGUCUAGAUCUGGCAGGUAGAGACCUGACAGAUUACCUCAUGAAGAUCCUGACAGAACGAGGUUACAACUUCACCACCACAGCCGAGCGAGAGAUUGUGCGAGAUGUCAAAGAGAAAUUGUGUUAUGUAGCCCUGGACUUUGAGCAAGAGAUGCUCAGUGCCGCUACAUCCUCUUCACUUGAAAAAAGCUACGAGCUUCCUGAUGGGCAGGUAAUCACCAUAGGGAAUGAACGCUUUCGAUGCCCUGAAGCCGUUUUCCAGCCAUCCUUUCUGGGCCUUGAGUCCAGCGGAAUCCACGAGGCAACCUUCAACUCCAUCAUGAAGUGCGAUGUGGAUAUCCGCAAGGAUCUCUAUGCCAACACCGUGCUGUCUGGGGGCAGCACCAUGUACCCAGGAAUUGCUGACCGGAUGCAGAAGGAAAUUAUAGCCCUGGCACCUAGCACCAUGAAAAUCAAGAUCAUAGCCCCCCCAGAGCGCAAGUAUUCUGUUUGGAUUGGAGGCUCCAUCCUGGCCAGCCUGUCCACAUUCCAGCAGAUGUGGAUUAGUAAGCAGGAAUAUGAUGAGGCUGGUCCUCCCAUCGUUCACAGAAAAUGCUUCUGAAUGGGCCUCCCUGACAGAGGUGUGGGUUUUCCUUUCUUCUAGGUCAUAGUGAUGGUACCGCGCUGUCCACUAGAAUUAAGGUAAAUAGACCACACUUCCUAAGGCACAAAACUAACAAAGGUAUUUUUCUGGCCACGUA